AAGGCCAGCAAAGGCCGCUUCGUCAGUGCAGGAUACCAAACGACGAAACCCAGCCGCCUGCUAUGCCGGAUCCAGGAUCGAGGGCGGUGUAUAUGCUGAGCGGGCAUGCCACCGCAGGCGUGAACUGGCGACCGACGCGGUUCGCUGAAGACUUGCCACAGCCGCGCAUUUGCGGCCUCUGCUGCACGGUUCCCAAGAGGACGGUGCUUCUGCCAUGCUCCCAUUUCCUGUGCGAUUCCUGCAACGCGGCCAGAGAUAAAGAUGGCCGCCGCGUGUGUCCCUUGGACAUGAAGGCAUUCGAAGAGGACGAGUGCUCGUGGAUUGACUUCCCCGCCAAGAGAGCGAGCAAUCUCAAGGUUCACUGCUGGAAUGAAAGUGACGGCUGCGAGUUCGUGGGCACAAUCGAAGCUGUAUUGCAACACUACGAAGGAGAAUGCGCUUUCCACUCCCUCCAGUGUCCGCGCUGCGAACAAAGAAUGCCGCGGUCUCACCUUGUAGUACACUAUGUGGCCGGAUGCUCCCGCAGGGAUCUCUCUGCGGACUGUGCACAGUCGGAUGGGUGUGAUGGUUCAUUGCCCUCUCGCGGCGUGAGUGCCAGAGUGAAUGAAAGGAAGCCUUUUUUGACAGAUCCAUGCAACGACCUGCCGUCUACUCGUCAUAGACAAUUGAAAGAACACUUGGAACUAUCCAAAGCAUCUGACUCUGCCCAUUUGCAGAAUAUCAGCCGUGUAAUCAGUGGAUUUGAUAAUAGAUUGCAACAGAGUAUGGAAAGCAUGGAGGCCAAUAUCUCCUCCAUGCUUAUUCGACAGCUGAACGCCGGCCUGAGUGAACUCAAAGCACUUCUCGGAGACCGAUGCAGUGAUGACCUGACCACGGUUCAGAGCCAAAUGAACCAACUCGUUGAAGAAUCAAGGGCUCGUGAUGCCGCCCAACUGCAGGAAAUCCUCUGCGCGCUUAAAGAUUCGGAAAAUAAAUUAGAGGCAGACGUCGACCGAGUUGAGACGAAUCUUUCUUCGGCGCUCAUGCAGCAACUGCAGGUCUCUCCAUAGAGUGCUUGAAAAGGCCGCUAGUGAAGGCGUUUUGGAGGAAGGAAACAAUCGGUGGCACCUAGAGAAACAGCUGAUUCUUCGAAAGGUCGAAACCUUCACCCACGAAUCCCUGCGCGCUCUAGAAUUACUACAACAGCGGAUUCAGUUGCCUGAUGGCCAGCCGUGGGUUUCGCGUGUUGCUAAUUCUAUUGUUUUGGGACAUUGUGCCCCGUGGAAUUACUUCCCUAAUGGUAAAAUGUACGUAGUAACAAUCGGCAAUGCUGAAAAAAUGCUUACCUUACAUGCACUCGAACUCACAAUCAUAAAUAAGUGGAUAUGUAGAGAUGUACAUGUUAGGAUUGUUUUUUCCGUUUCUGGGGUUCUAUCUCGCUUAUACGUGACUGUAGAUGUGACUGAAAUGUUGAAAAACUCUAGAUUUCCAUUCGGCGAUGUCACAGUAACAAUGCUAAACAAGUACACCGACAAGAACCUUGCUUUCGAGAAAUUUUGUCAAGUUCAAUGCCGAGCGUGCGAGCGCACAAGAGGUAUUGUACAUUACUAUCACCGUUUCGGACUAAACCGAGAAAACCUCGCUGCAGACGGCGUCAUAAUUGACGGAGAAAUGAUGUUGCAAAUUGAUCUUCCAACAGAACGCCGCUGAAUUCCCUACGUUCCUUCAACCUGCUGUUGGUGCGCCCACAGCCAUUCCAUGCACAUUAAUCCCAAGUUAACUUUGGAGUUCCUACCUUACCUUUGUCACGUGUUCUGCAUCCGUAUUAAGCGGCCAGCGUUUCGCGGACGCCUCGACACUUGGUCUAAUCUGCGGAGAGAAUAUUUGCAACAAUGAUACGUGGCAUACAACGUGCGGGUGAAAUGACUUCUUCACAUAGCGAGUUCUUCUUUCGAGGGGCCCCUAAUCAAACAUUUUCAUAGCAAUGUGAGUGUGUGCUAUGCCAUCGGCAAAAGAACUACACAAAUAAAGGGCUCUUAGCACUGUUGAGAAUUCGCAGAGGUGAACUUACUGUCGUUCUGGAUUGCCGCGCAUGUGUUUGUAAUAUAUAUGCUAAGAAUUCAUGAAUAAAUUGUGUGUGAUCGAGUGGACUAAAUUCAACAGACGUAAACUUUUUCUGGUUUCUUGAAGUUUGCCGCUAUAGUGCGAAGUUACUGUGGUGUGUGCGACACGGUGCGGUGGAUUGAGACUCUGAUAUGUGUGGUGCGCGACGCGGUGCGGUGGUUGGAGACAAGAAGCAGAGGACAUGUAGUGCGCGCGCCGAGGCCAAUUCCGUGCUGGAUUGAAAGACGACAACGUUUAAGAACUGCGCGUGAACACGCGGCGCAAGAAGAGAAAUAGCAAAAGGAAAAGACAUCCAAUCGCAAGAGAACACGGAGCUUAAAGUGGCCAAUGAGAAAACGACAAAUCGGCCAGAGCGGCAGAAAAGCGAUCCGCACUGGCAGAAGAGGGGAGAGUUCCAGAAGCGGCACCAGGAGAGAAGGUCGGCCACCAGACCGGGGGUUGAAGACGGGCCGUCGGGUUCCGGACCGGAGCCACCAGGACUUUACCCGACGGGGCCUCCUGCCAACCCGUUCCUGGGAGUCGCCCCUCUACCUUAUCGUCAACUGCUGCCCGAGGCCGGCGAGCUUCUGUGCCCGUGGGCAGAACGUGAGCGGUAGGGCUACGGGCCCGAGUUCCACGACCAGCUGCGUGGCCAGAACGCCGUCGCCAUCUGCCCGUGCCGCCAAGACGUCUGACCUCCUCCAAGCCAGAGCUGCCACGCUCCAGUAGCUUGUCCGAUGGUCCGCUACACCGACUUUUGGUGAGACCGAAACGGCUUCUCUCGUCGUCUCGUCUCCGCUUCGCCGCAUCGAGACUGUAGUGCGCACUCACACCCGCUACCUGCCCGAACUUGCGUGUUAUUAACGCCAUCCUAGCCCUAAGUGCGGUUCUUGCCAUGAUGUCUUUUUGAGUGUUUAUUUUAUGGUUUUGUUAGUCUUGUAGUUUUAUUAAAAGUUUCUGUGUGUUUUCCAACAAACGGCUCUCUCCUUUCCACAAUACACGUGACUCAGUCCCUGUCUUUCCUGUAUCAAUUUCUCUUUUCCAGUCAAGAAUAAAGAACGUUUAGUCAGUGUUUGCAUUCUUGAUCACUUCGGCUUGAUUCCGAGGACCUU